UUGGGUUGAGUAAAGGGGGACACAUUAUCCAGUGACAUAACAAGGGGGCGGGGGAGUUAGUUAGUAAUGGUUAUGGCUUCAAUAUUGUCGAUAUCUUCUUCUGUUUGCCUUUCCCUAUCCGCAGCAAAGAAGUCUGAAGUUCAGGAGCCGUCUUCUUCUUCCAUAGAUGUAGAACGAAGAAAGAUGCUUGUGUCGUCCGUUGCCAUAAUUGCAGGAAGCAGCUUCUCCUUGUGCAAGAAUUCAAUCGCGGUUGCAGCUGAAUAUGCUGAUAUGCCAGCACUUAGAGGGAAGGAUUAUGGCAAGACCAAAAUGCGCUAUCCGGACUACACUGAAACUGAAUCCGGACUCCAGUUUAAGGACUUGCGACCAGGAUAUGGCCCCAAACCCAACAAGGGUGACACAGUUGUGGUGGACUGGGAUGGGUACACCAUAGGUUAUUAUGGACGCAUAUUUGAAGCCCGCAACAAAACUAAGGGAGGUUCCUUUGAGGGUGAUGAGAAGGACUUCUUCAAAUUCAGAAUAGGAUCUCAAGAGGUCAUACCGGCUUUUGAAGAGGCUGUUUCGGGCAUGGCUCUGGGAGGCAUCAGAAGGAUAAUUGUACCCCCGGAGCUUGGAUACCCUGAUAAUGAUUUCAACAAGAGUGGGCCAAGACCAACAACAUUCUCGGGCCAACGAGCCUUGGAUUUUGUGCUAAGGAACCAAGGCCUCAUAGACAAGACUCUCUUGUUUGACAUUGAGCUCCUCAAGAUUAUACCUACCUGAUUUCUCUGUUUCUUCUGCAUUCAGACUACAGCAUUGGGAUUUAGUGCGGCAUUCAACUAAACUUGGAAAGGAUCGUGCGGGUGGCUAUACUACUAUUAUAGUCUUUUAAUUUGUGGAAAUUCAGGUGCAGUCGACUUCACGUGAAGUUGAUAAAUGAAAGCCAUUAGAUGAUUUGACUGAUUUGACUAAAGCUUCAUCUAAUGACUCUCAAUUAUCAACUUCACAUAAAGUCGAUUUUACCUGAGUUUUCACACUUUUAAUUUGAGCUAUUGCAAAUAGAGUUACCCUUACCCUUACGCUGCCCAUCAUCAUAUCUUGAUUUUCUUCCCUAGCUACUUUACUCUCAAAAGCCGCAAUCAUCUCCGUGUUUUUUUUUUUAGCUUGAAUCGGAUUUGGCCACAUAGAAACUUUCUGGAUUGGAGUCCAAGAUGUGCUAUGAAUGAUUGAAUGUUAUUGAGGAA